AUGGAUUUUGUGACACCCCUUACAUGGAGGAAGGGAGGAGGUCGCAGGCCCGCCAACCCCACAGACCGAGGGCACAGACCUUUGGGGGGAGAGGGCGGGCAGCGGGGACAUUCACCCCUUAGCAGCUCCCUGGGUGACAGCCACGGUCCAGCAAAUCUGAAACGCUGGCCAGGUCCAUACAGCGCCAACUGCGAGUUGGAACUACGGUCAACGGCUCUGUGUCCCUCGCAGGGCGAAACGGCCUUUCCUGGGCUCUGGAAAAAGGAGGCCAGAAGGGACGGAUUUGUAAAGCAGGGUCGUGCAGAGGCUCCUAAAAUGCCAGCGCCGGGAGCGAAGGAGCAGAGGAUCUCUUUUUCCAAAGGGCAGGCAUGGGCCUCUGCAGCGCAAGUUGACAAACCCUGGGAGCGGCGCCUCCAGCUGCAGCCACAACCUGAAACUCCCUCCACAGGUCGCAAACUGGGAAGCCACUGGCCCCGCGGAGCUGCCCCGGCCACGCUGCCCCCGCGAGGCCGCAGCUUCGCUCACCUGCCGGGAGACCGCGGGGCCGAGCGCCCGCUGCCAGGACACACGGGCAGACCUCUCAGCCCGCGGCCCCUGCUCACUCUGCCCACCAGCGCCGGCUCUACGUUGCAGCAGGUUUCCCUGGGGGCAGCGAGCACUUUCCAGGUCCAGCUCCCUCUCCUCGCCGUGCGCCGCCCUCCCCUCCCCUCCCCUCUCCUUUGGAGUCUGGACCCUUUCAACCCCGACACUUCCAGCGGUCCCCAGGCUGCCCUGGGUGUUGAGGAUGAGCCUGUGUGCCACCAGACCCUCCCCGAGCGCGCGCUUGCACACCCAGGCUGCCCCCGGCAGGCAGCGGAAAGCUUCCAGCGAUGUUUGAGAGACUAUCAGCGGAAGAAUAGCCCUGGUGUUUCUACAGGAGUGAAAAAGAAAAUUAAAAAUUGCAGUAACCCUGAGACAACCGCUUCUGGUGGUUGCGACUCACCUGGAGAUGUUCUCCUUCCUCCCUCUGCUAAGCAUAGCCUGACACCCACAGUGCCAACUCAGGGAAGAGCCUCCUCUCCCAAGCCCCUGGAGUCCAGAAGACAGGAGCUCCAGGAGGGCCCCACCCUCACACCCUACCUCUCCAGAUGCUCUCUCCAGCUGUGCAUGCCCCUGAGGCUCCUCUGCCCGGGGUCCCCAGACCUGAACUUCUUAUGCUUCACCAUCCAGUUUUCAAGCUGGUGUGAAGCCCCUGAUGCUAACCAGCAGUUACGGCAGGCCAUGGAGGAGCAGGCACAGCUGGAAGCACACCUGGGGCAGGUAAUAGAGACAUGUAGACAAAUACAACUGGAGAGAGAUACAUUUGCUGAGAUUCUUAAAGGAGAGAGAGCCACGUGGCAGCAGAGGAUGAAUCAGAUGUCGGAGCAGGUGAGACCUGACACUUCAGGGGAGAAGGAGUGUAUUAUGAAUCGGUUACAGGAGAUGGAGACAAGCUUGGUGGAAUUGAGAAAACAGAUGAGUAAGCUGAGGCUGGGGCCCUCUGAGGUGGAGCAGCAGCUACAAGAGGAGGCUGAGCACCUGAGGGAGGAGCUGGAGAGUCUGGCCGGACAGCUUCAAGCCCAGGUACAGGACAAUGAGGACUUGAAUCACCUGAACCGGGAGCAGGAGGAGAGGCUGCUGGAGCUGGAGUGGGUGGCCGAGCUCUGGGGGAAGCAAGUGUAGGAGUGUAGACGAAUCCUGCAGCCCAUGGCUCACACCGCUGUCAGCCGCGCGCUCUCCCAGACCCGUGAGGUCAAGAAACAGCUGGCCGAGCUGCAGAGUGGCUUCAUAAAGCCGGUGCACGGCCCGACCUGGGGAGCCAGCCUUCCUCCCUACUGCAAUGAAGUUAGCAUCUCCAGCUGCAACGAAGUUAGCAUCUUCGCAGAGUCGGUGGCCUACAGUUUAAGUGGUGGGAAGAAGAGUGUCUUCCUGCAGAUAGAGAUGGAGAGCCAAGAGGCUCAGAGUCUGCAGCAGCAGAGAGACCAGUCCCUAGGUCCCCUGCAGCAGUACAUGGCCACCUGUCAGCAGCUGAGCUCUGAGAUGGAGGCGCUGCACAGGCAGUUACUGCUGCAGACCCAGCUCAUGGACCAGCUGCAGCAGCAGGAAGCUUAGGGCAAAGCGAUGGCCGAGAUGGCCCACCAAGAGUUGCAGGAGACCCAGGAGCACCUGGAAGCUGCCAGCCAGAACCAGCAGCUACAGGCCCAGCUGAGCCUCAUGGCUCUCCCUGGGGAAGGAGACAGACUGGAUGGGGGCGGGGGGAGAAGGAGGGGAAGGGAGGAGGAGGAGGAGGAGGAGGAAGAGGAGGAGAAGAAGAAGAACAAGAAGAAGGAGGAGAAGAAGGAGGAGGCGCCUUGGCCCAUGCCGAGCAUCCUGCAGGACCUGGAAAGCCAGGAGUCCAUGGUGGCAUUUUUAACAUCAGCUGUAGCCAUUGCAGACAGGGAGCAGGCUCGGCUCCGUGGGCAGCUGAAGGAGCCUGCUUCUGGGCCCAGGCCAACAGGUGAGCCAGGUGCCAGCCCAGAAGCAGCAGCCCCAGCCCCAGGGACUGGGAUGGAUUCUGUGUGUGGGGAGACCCACCGGGCCCUGCAGGGGGCCAUGGAGAAACUGCAGAGCUGCUUUAUGCAGCUGAUGCAGGAAAAGGUGGACCUGAAGGAGCGGGUGGAGGAGCUGGAACAUCGCUGCAUCCAGCUCUCUGGAGAGACAGACACCAUCGGUGAGACUACACAGGCCUCUCUCAGCCAGGGGGCAGCGCUGAAGGAGCAGCACCGAGAGGAGGAGGAGCACAUCCACAAGCUAGCCCAGGACAAGGAGGAGAUGAAGGCAGCGUCUGCUGGAGCUGAGGAGCUGGUGUUGCAGCUUGUGGGCAACAGGAACGAGGGCCAUGGCAGAUUCCUGGCAGCUGCUCAUGAACCAGCUCCAGGGGCCCCAGCCCCCUGGAGCUCAGGGCUAGCAAGGGAGGGUGGCAGUGUGCUCAGAGCCCUCCUCCCUCUCUCCAAACGUCUUUGCCAGGUAAGCCUCGCCGGCAGCGUGGAGCCUGCACAAGGAGAAGCUGGGGAGGGUUCUCCCCGGGACCCCACUGCACAGCAGAUCAUGCAGCUGUUUGGUGAGAUGCAGAACCCUCAGGAGCGCCCAGGCUUGGGCAGCAUCCCCUGCAUUCUGUUUUUCUACCAGGCUGACAAGAACCACUAGGUAAAGAUUAUCCUCAUCUGA